GUUCCCUUGGGAGGAGAAUGUUUCAGUGCCUGAGCCAAUCGCCGCAGUCCCCGGGGAUGUGGCACCACGCGUGUGUCGCGCCGGGGCAGGGCAGCACCGAGGCAUCGCCCGGGCAGGUCUGAGCGGCGCUUUGGAAGCAGCCCCCGGCGAGGGGCAGCAGGGCAGAACCCCCAGUCUGGAAAUGGAACCGCGGCUUACUUUGAGACCCUGGCAAUUAGCCUUUUGAACAUUUAAUUUCCCCGAUUUUGUGUUCCUUGCUGGACACGCUCUCCUUCCACUGUGGCUCUGAUGGGCGCGAGUGGACAGUGUCCGCAUCUCCAGUGAAGCUGCUGACCACCGAAGCGCUCGGCAUGUUGGCUAGGUGAGGUCAGACUGCCAACACAAAUGAACGCCAAAAUAAACGAUGUUUUUAACAAUGUUUUUUUUCUGUAUGCCUUCAGCAGACAAAUAAUUACGUGUGGCAUGUCUUCUGGGAAUAUUGCAAAGCAAAACUCCUUAGUAUUAACUAUGCAUUUAUGAGUUAUCCAUUGGAAGUGCCUUUAAAGUACGAUUUUAUUCUAUAACUUUUAACACGGAGGCAGUCAACGCUAGAAGAGGUUGCCCAAGUAUAUGUCAGUUAUUCAUCGUACGGAUUUUAUAUCAAGAUCAGAUGUUUUUCAAUGAUCUAGUUCAACUACAGGCUAGAGAGCCAUAGCUCCACUGAUAGUACAGGAAACUUGGGUGUUUUGCUGCUAACUAUGGUCUUAUUACAGCACCUGCAUUUGUCCCUGAAAUAGCUCAUGAGUCAGAUUUUCAAAAAAGCUCAGCAUCUUUGCAGGCACUACUAUUUGGGCCAUUUUUCUAAGAGCUCUGCAUGCUUUGUGUGCAUACAAUCCUAAAAGCUUUUCUAAAAAAGGGAAAAAAAAAAAAAUCUAGGUCUUCUCCAGGUGACCAAACAGGAAUGCAGAUUCUCCUGCCUUUAAAUGUAAUCUCUGUGAGGGGCUCUAUUCAAACACUGUUACUGUGAAUGUGUCUUCAACUGCCUCGCUUAUUGGGGAAACUGGCCUGGCUCUCUAGGAUUUCAUAAUUACAAAGACUCCCUUGGGCUCCUCUGCCUUUCCUGAGACUGUUUUUGGCUGUGUUUUGGUGUGGGAAGAAGGCUGAGGACAGGUAAGUGCAUUUCUCCUGGGCACAACAGGCCAUGGGGUGAUGAGGCAGUAGUGGGAAGGUGAUCCAGGCAUCCAGUCCUUGCUUUAUCCAGAGUCUGAGUGUCUGGGCAGUUACUGGAGAUGACUUGCCUGGUUUCGAGUGUAUUCACUCUGAAUUUUGACAUUAGGGAAAAGCUAACAGUAAAACAGUAAUAAUAAGCAAGAAUCCAUUUCAAAGGGAAAAUAUAUGCAUUUUCUGAAGAUUUGUGGAGGUUGAUGCCAGCAUGACAUUAAAUUGCACCUACUCAAUCUAAGCCAGUUGUGUCAGCAAGACUGCAAAGAUGAGUGCCAUAUCUUUGUAGCUCAGUGUCAAUCAUUUUUGCUUCAAAUAAUUUAAAAUACGUAAAAGAUGCGACAAUUUCCUGCCCAAAGAAGAACAUUUUUGUAUCCAGUAUCAGGAUUCAGGUGUGCACAAACCCAGUCAAAAGCAUAAAAGAGAAAGGUGAGGCCUCACAUUUAAUCCUGAUUCUGAACCUUCAGUUACAUAAUUUUGUCUUCCAUUACCUAAGAUGUACUGUAACAUCCAUCAUACAUUUUCAUUAAUCUUAGGCAGAGCAUGUGUAACAGCUUGUGAUUCUCCUUCAUUCUGCUGUUUCCCAUGCUUUCCCAUGAGCAUGAUUAUUCACUGUGUUUAUUGCCUUUAUGCAGUUAGUCUUCUCUCUGUGAGUGGGCUGAAUCCUGCACAAGUAGUCCUAUAAACUACAGCAACAGGGGAUCUGGCUCCAAGUGCAUUAUUAGGAAAUGGUUGAGAUGUCACCUUUAAGACCUACCCUUUGUAGAGGAAGGAUGAGCUAUGAUUGUAACUAAGGAGAUCUCAGGCUGUUGUCUCUAUCAUCAAAAAACCAGUCUGCACCUCCCAGGGCUCUGCCUUGCUCCCCUGCUCCCCUUCCCGCCUCAAACACCCCGCAGGACCUCUGGAAAGACCUCUAAGCACCAUCCCCAUUCUUCCUGUUUCUCGGUUUGGAAAGAAAAAAACCUGUAAGGCCUUUCAGUAUCUGUUUCCACUGGCAGCCAGGUGUGGACUCAUCAACUGAUCCCAGUUCAUCUGUCCAUGCAGUGUUAAAUGUACACAAGUUCUUAUUCUUCCUCCCUGUCACCAAUACCUGCCAUGGCCAAAUUAUGGCCAGGGAAAACUCGGCCACUAAAGAGCAUUUGUCUGUGAAAAAUGCGAGGCCAGGAUUGCGGCAUAUUUUAGCUCCAGCUCGCUGGAUGAGGGAAAUCAGUGUGCUCUUGGGGGAACCCACGUGUCCAACUGCCCUCAGGUACACAUUAGUACCUGCAGUGCCAGGAUAGGUGGCACUGGACUGCAGAGGUAACUUACCCAACAGCCAGGCUGAGGAGGUUACAGGUGUUCACUGUUGUCUGGGAGAGAAACAGCUUUGCCCAGUCAGCUCUGAUUCCAUCUGUGUAUCAGCGUGGAAUUCACCAGGUCCAUCUCUCUGUGUUCAUCUAGCAGUCAGAAAAAAAAAUAAAAUAGUUUGGAAAGGUAGUGCCCUGAGAAGCAAAAUGUACUCAUGUAUUUAAAGACUAAUUUUCAUUUGGUACAGAAUCUGAGUUAGUCCAUUCACUGCCUGUUUGCAGCAGUGAGGAGCUAGCCCAGAAACACAUCUUCUGAGGGCUCACAGAAUAUAUAAGGAGCUUUUUUAAACAAUUUUUGAUAACUUUCUUCUCUGUGUCAACUGUCACGAAGCUGAUGUUUCUUUUUUAUUUCUCUGAAGAAGGAAAGACAAAAAAUUCCCGUCUCUGGUAAAUGGUACUGUUACAUUUCUAGUCUCCAUGGAAACCUACGUGGUGCUCCACAGUUGGCUAAUAUUUCAAUCUGUUGCAGCAGAAAUCAGAUGGAGGGAAGGCUGGGUUCUGCACCUUGCAUGUUAAUCGAUUAAAAACGGUCUUGAAAUUAUUUUCACAUUGUGUUGCAGUCUUUGUUUAGAGUAACAACAGAACAAACUGAAGUAACCAAACUGAGCUAAGUAUGGCUUGAUCCUGUGUCCACCUGUGCACAUAACUGUGCCUCUCGGUUUGACUCUGAUAGGCACUGACAUCCAUUUGGAAGAAUUCUUUGGGUUUGGUAGGAUUAUAAGGAUUAAUACUAUGGAAACUGAAAGCAUAAUAGCAAACUGUUUGUCACGUUGACUCUGGUAAAAAGCUUGCCAGAGAGGUGGUGACAAUCCCCUUGUUGUGAUUUAUGUAAGCAAAGCGUUCUGAAAGUCAAGAACCCUAAUUCUUUUAUCUUUUGCUGUCUUCGUUCUUGUGCUGCCACUGCUAAGGAAGAAAUAUAUCUGAAAACUGGUUUCCUCUGAAAAGAUGGGGUAACUUCAUCUACUCGCCUCUUGAGGAUUUAAUUUCUUUACUCGGAGCUUUAUGGACUUGAACACAAAGGCACAAAAUCUUACUGGGACAGCAGAAGGCGACACAGUGAAGAAAUACACAGAGAGAGAUCAGUCUUUUUUGUGACCACAGUCAACCCAUGAAGAGUGAGUGCUCUCAACCACCUAACAGUAUUCACUGCAUUUGUUUCAGAAUACUCUGGAGAAAAUGUAUGCUAGUCGAGAGGAUAUUGGGUAUGAUUUUGGAGACGACUCAAAAGUUGGAAGUAAGCCAGUUAAGCCCAAUCCAAACAUCGACGGAGGAUGGGCUUGGAUGAUUGUCUUUUCCUCUUUCCUUGUGCACAUCCUUAUCAUGGGUGCCCAAAUGGCCCUUGGAGUGCUCAACAUGGAGUGGCUUGAGGAGUUUAAUCAGAGCCGUGGCUUAACAGCGUGGGUCAGCUCGCUCAGCAUGGGCAUUACACUGAUUGUAGGUCCUUUCAUUGGUCUGUUCAUCAGCAUGUGUGGGUGCCGCCUGACAGCUAUAAUUGGAGGGCUGCUGAAUGCCCUGGGUUGGAUCCUGAGUGCCUAUGCCUCCAGUGUGCACUACCUCUUCCUCACCUUUGGAGUGACAGCCGGCAUUGGAAGUGGCAUGGUUUAUCUGCCCGCAGUGGUCAUGGUGGGGCAGUAUUUUCAGAAGAGAAGAGCACUUGCACAAGGGCUCAGUACCACAGGAACAGGAUUUGGAGCUUUCUUAAUGACUGCCUUACUGAAGUACCUCUGCACUGAAUUUGGGUGGAGAAAUGCCAUGUUCAUCCAGGGUGCCAUCUCUCUGAACCUCUGUGUCUGCGGGGCGCUCAUGAGACCGCUGUCUCCCAAAGACCUUAGCGAGAAAUCUGCUGGGAGAAGUAGCAGUGAAGAUAAUCAAGCAAAAGCUCUGUCCCAUUCUGCAGAGACUAUAAAAUCUAAUGGAGUCCUCGCUGAGGAACCAGAGAAAAAAGAAGAGGUGACAACUGAGGAAGUGCUUGAGAGCGUUCAGCACACAGAACCCGGAGGUAACUCUGGGAGCGGCAGGAACAUGUACGGACUGCGCAUGCUGAAGACUCUGAGCCAGCUGACACUCACAGUCAGGAAGGGCUUUGCACUCUGGUACUCCAGCUACUUUGGAGCUGCAUCACUGUUUACCAACAGAGUAUUUGUGGCCUUUAUCAUUUGGGCUUUGUUCGCCUACAGCAGCUUCGUCAUUCCCUUUAUUCACCUUCCAGAAAUAGUCAAGCAGUACAACUUAUCUAGGCAGGACAAUGUAUUUCCUUUGACAUCCAUUAUAGCCAUUGUUCAUAUUUUUGGUAAAGUGAUCCUUGGAAUCAUCUCAGAUCUCCCGUGCAUCAGCACAUGGAAUGUCUUCCUCAUGGCUAACUUUACCCUGGUCACCUGCAUUCUUACUUUGCCACUAAUGCAAACAUAUGUCGGCCUGGCUGUGGUUUGUGCUCUAAUAGGAUUUUCCAGUGGCUAUUUUUCUCUGAUGCCUGUUGUGACUGAAGAUUUAGUUGGAACUAAGCACCUUGCAAAUGCCUAUGGCAUCAUCAUUUGUGCCAACGGAAUAUCUGCGUUGUUUGGACCACCCUUUGCAGGUUGGAUCUAUGACAUCACACAAAAAUACGAUUUUUCUUUUUACAUAGCUGGCUUGCUAUACAUGGUGGGAAUAAUAUUUUUACUUGCACAACCUUGUAUUCAAAAGAAACAACCGAGGCAAAAAUCUACAGAAGAAGCACAAGUAUAGAACAAAUUCCAGAAGUUUUUUUUACAGAACUUUUUUGUUUUCAUGUUUUUAUUGUGUGGCAGUACGAAGAUGUUUUUCUUAUGAAAGCAACCACACUGAGCUGUACUUAUGUGCUCCAUAAUGCUAAUAAAUGAUGAGAAACUUGCUUUUAAAAUUAGUUAAGAUCUCUUACUUUAGAAGUACCAAGUGCAAUGGUUAAAAGCACACUGCUAGUCCUUUAAUAUCAGCACAAUGCUCGUAGCCUUUACCCUCGCUUCUCUUUCAACUUUUCACCACUAAGCUCUGGUGAAAAUCCAUUGACUGCAGUGCAGUUACUCCUCAUUUACAUGAGUCCUACGAGAGAAUUUGGUCAGGACACGAGUGAUUUAUAAAGGUCCCUCCUACUGUGUGUUCGGUCCGAUAAAAGAUUAGUUACAGAGUCUAAGAAAAUGAUUGUAUUUCUUGCCUGGCUAGUCAAGUACUGUUGAAAUGCUAGUCUAAUAAUUCCAUUAAUUCAUUGUAUUAAAAUUACUAUUUCUGUGAUACAAAACAGAAGAAAAGUUCUUAUAUUUUUCUGAAGUGACGCAUUUUAACCUGA